GGUACUAGAGAACGAACAGCAAACAUCUCCUCAGCUUUGGAAAGAUCAACCAUGGAGUUCAACUUUUCUCCUUUGAUGCUCCACGGAGACAAAUGCGAGAACAAACAUUCAUCCAGCACCGAUGCUGGGUACUACAGCGCCUGUGGCAGCCUUUCUCCAAGUUCCUCCGUCGAUUCUGGAUGUUUUUCUCCUCCUGCGAACUUGUGGUUAGCUGGCAGACACCACGAGGCCGCUGGAAAUGCCGACAGCCAACCUGCAAAGAAACCAAGAAUGCUUCUACCACCAGAAGGAAAAAGACGUUCCAGGUCGAAAAAUCCAGGACCCAAGCGUCAGACGGCCAGCGAGAGAGAGAAACUCAGAAUGAGGGACCUGACCAAAGCCCUGCAUCAUGUCAGAAAAUUCUUGCCUCCAUCUGUGGCUCCUGCUGGGCAGACUCUGACCAAGAUUGAGACCCUUCGCCUCACCAUCGGCUACAUCUCGUACUUGUCCGCUCAGCUGGAACACGGUCAAGAGAUCUCCAGUCAUGAAAUAACACCACAAAGCUACUCACAAGAUACAUCAGACAGACUUCAGAGCGGAACCUGGUGUCUGGAUGGACCACAAGAACAGUUUCAGGACAGCACGCAGUACUGUUCAACAUUCACCGCCUUUACGGAUUCAACACAACAGAUGGAGGCAAACUUUCUUUCAACAUCAUACAACAGAGAGGCACAGUCCUAUAUGUUUCCUUGCACAAUGACACAAAAUGCUACAGACUACGGCAAUGCAUUUUUCCAAUAA